GUGAGUUUAGAGUUUCGGCGCUGAGAAAGAGCAGCGCGUAUUUGAUUGGAGGAAGUCACUCAUCAACAAAGAAAGAUGGCUGAAGUCAUAGAGCUGCAGAAACUCAAGCUUGCUGAGCUGAGGCAAGAGUGUGAAGCCAGAGGGCUUGAGACCAAGGGAAACAAGGGCGAGCUCAUCGCACGCCUGCAGGCCUACCUUGAGGAGCAGGAUGAAGAUGUGGAUGUGGAUGAUGUGCUGGCAGAUGAUACAGUGGACUUUGCUAAGAGCGAAAUUGUGGACAAUGGCAAAGUCGUCAAGGAUUCAGAAUCUCCUGUGGCCGAGCUGCCCACUGAGAAGAAGAUUGUGAAAAUAACACCUCCAGCGACUGCCAAUGAACGGCUACAGAAAAGAGCUGAACGUUUCAACUUGCCUACAUCAGCUGAUGACAAGAAGGCCCAGCGGGCAGCAAGAUUUGGCUUACCCAACAAUGUCUCAAGUCCAUCCGCAGGCACCACUGCGACCAGCAAAGCUCCGCUAAAUGUUGAUCAGCUGAAGAAGAGGGCGGAAAGAUUUGGCAUGAACGUCUCAUCCGUUUCACAAAAGAUGGAAGAGGAUGAGAAGCUGAAAAAAAGGAAGGAGCGGUUUGGGAUUUUGACAGGCGGUGGGACAGCUGGCUCAGCAGACAUAGAGGCAAAGAAAGUGAAGCGUGCUGCACGAUUUGGAAUGGCGUGAACGUGUGUGGGUUUUCUUUUUUUUUUUUUUUUAAUGAUUUGCAACUGUCACUGGAAGUGACCUUGGUAAUCAAAGAUACAGUUAAAUACAAACAGGUUUGGUUGCGAUAGUAGAAAUUCAUAGGAAAUAUAGAAAAAUGUAUUUGAAAUGAUUUAGUUUCCUGUCUGAAUUAUUUCUGCUGCCUAUAUGCAAGCAUGUUCACUGUUUUUCACUUUUAUAUUUCACAAUUGUCAGACAGGUUUCAUUGGCCGUAACUGUUUUUUUUUUUUGUUUGUUUUUGCGAUUGGUGUAUUUUUCCACAAAGACACAUUCAAUAUAAAUGUUGCACAGUAUUUGACUGAGCACAAGUUCAACCAUACAAACUUAAAAACAUGUUUCCAAGUCAGAUGCAAAUUCUUUACAUUAAUAGUAACGUUUGUCUCAGUUGACAACUUUUUUGGCGGUGCAAAUCUGUCUAUCUUGGCUUUGUGUCAAAUACAGAGUAUAAACACUUGUUUUCCAUAGAUGUUUUUACGUUUUAAGUUUAUUGAUUAUGCCGAAAAAAUCUCCAAUUGUGCAUUUACAGUCAAUAUCACCUGAGGAAAAUAUUGGCCGGGGAAGUUGAAACUGUGUAAUACUGUAUAUUACAGACUGAAUCAAAGAGGAAGCAUCUAACAAGAAGUUUUCAUUUUGUUUCCUAAAAUAUCAACAGCUGAUUGGAGGGUAAAUGUUUUCAGACAACCCAUUAAAAGGAUAUACCGUAGCUUGGUUAUGUUAAUUGUACUUUGAUGACUGUUUGGGUCACUGCUUCAGUUCUUUAUAAAUAAAAACUUUUCAAUUUUG